GAUCUCUCUCCCAUCUCUACCCGCCAUGGUUGAAUUUUCUCUGCACCCAAAGUUUCCAAGAAACCCGGCAUGCAUCAAGUCUGUGCACAAUGUGCAGUUCAGCUAUGGAAGCUAAUGAAGAAGAAGAAGUUACUUAUACUACCAAUACUAGAUGGCGCAGUGAGUCUUCUUGCUCUCACCAGAAGAAGAAUUUCAGAUGCCAUGGCUGAGAAAACAGGGAAUGAAUGGACAGCUUUGGCGCACAUAAUAAAAGCAGUGAUAGGGUCAGGUGUUCUUUCCUUGGCAUGGAGCUUGUCAAAGCUGGGAUGGAUCGCCGGUCCGAUAACAAUGCUGUGUUUUGUUGCGGUCACUCUCACUGGUGCUCUUCUUCUCUCCAACUGCCACCGAUCCACUGAUUCUGACCUCCACACCCAUGGCUCUUAUCUUGAUGCUGUCCGCUCGAUCAUAGGAAAUAGAAGCGCCUGGUUUUGCGGCAUCAUUGUUGGGAUCAAUUUCAUCAAGCUUGGAAUUGUGUACACAAUCACUUCUGCUAUUAGCAUCUGGUCUGUAAACAAUUGAGAAUGAUUCUUCUCCUUUGGACUAUUAUAUAUUCUGCCAUUGGAUGAAGAGCUUCUUAAUUGCAGAGCAAUUCAGAAAGCAAACUGCUUUCAUUAUGAAGGCCAUGAGGCUACUUGUGGGUAUUCAAACACAAAAUAUAUGAUUAUAUUUGGAUCAAUCCAAGCACUAGUGUCUCAAAUUCCAGACUUUCGCAACACGCAAUGGCUCUCCAUUGUUGCUGCAGUCAUGUCUUUCACAUAUUCAUUCAUUGGAUCAGGACUCAGCUUAGCUAAAGUAAUAGAUAAUUGGUUAUCAUCCUAUUUGCCUUUGUUGGUUCCAUCCGAGGAUUGAUCCUUGCCAGGCUCAGCUAGGAGGUCACUACUUGGUCACAUCUACUUCCCAGUAAGAGUAAAGCCUGCGUGCAGACAUCCUCCAAUCGUAUUUUUCUGGAAUUUUACUGGGUUUGUUGCUAUUGUAGUUACACAUUUACGCUUUUCAUUGUGCGACAUUGUGUUGACUAUAAAUGUAAUGCAUAGUUUUCUUAACGUGUAAUUCCGAUUUUGCUUUCGUUGAACAUACAUAGCAUGAGUUUUUUUCUUUAGUGAACUGCUGUAACAUAUAAUUGGCUAAAAACUCAUAUUACAUUUUAUAAUACAUUGUAUGAGGUUGU